CAGAAAGGUCAACAAUAUCAUGAAAACAACAUGGCAUCUCUUGUACGUUCUUUUUCUGCAGGGGUGCCGAUUCGAACAUUAUUUAAUAAUGUGACUUGCUCAUUUGGAGCUGUAAUAAUAUCUAAAAGAAAUAAAUCAUGGUAUCCUGAUGCAGAAUUUUUUGAACAGUUUGAGGGGCCUGUUAUGUAUCCUCAAUAUUUUCCACCUGGCAUAAAAUGGCGUCCACCACGUUAUAAAGAAUAUGUUCCACCAGUGGAGAAAAAAAUACAAAACAUGAUUUUAAACUUUGGGCCACAACAUCCUGCUGCUCAUGGUGUGUUACGUUUGUUAUUGGAACUUGAUGGUGAAACUGUUGUAAGAAGUGACCCUCAUAUUGGACUUUUGCAUAGAGGAACUGAAAAAUUAAUAGAAUAUAAAACUUACACGCAAGCCUUACCUUAUUUUGAUCGACUGGACUAUGUAUCCAUGAUGGUUAAUGAACAGUGCUAUUCUUUAGCUGUUGAAAAGCUUUUAAAUAUUAAAGCUCCUCCUCGUGCACAAUGCAUCAGAGUUUUAUUUGCUGAGAUUACUAGAAUUUUGAAUCACAUCAUGGCAGUUGGAACUCAUGCUCUUGAUGUUGGUGCUUUAACUCCUUUCUUCUGGUUGUUUGAAGAAAGAGAAAAAUUAAUGGAAUUCUAUGAGCGAGUAUCUGGAGCACGAAUGCAUGCUGCCUACAUUCGUCCUGGUGGUGUGAGUCAAGAUCUUCCUAUUGGACUUCUAGGGGAUAUAUAUGAGUGGUUGGAUAAAUUUGGUCAGAGAGUUGAUGAAAUGGAAGAUUUAUUGACGGAUAAUCGUAUCUGGAGAGCAAGAACUAUUGACAUCGGAAUUGUUUCUUCUGAAGAUGCUUUGAAUUAUGGUUUUAGUGGUGUGAUGUUGAGAGGCUCGGGCAUCAAAUGGGAUCUUAGGAAGACACAGCCAUAUGAUGGUUAUGAAAAUUAUGAAUUUGAUGUACCAAUUGGAACUAAAGGUGACUGCUAUGACCGUUAUCUUUGUCGUGUUGAAGAAAUGAGGCAGAGCAUGAGAAUCAUUGAACAAUGUAUAAAUAAAAUGCCACCUGGAGAAAUAAAGGUUGAUGAUCAUAAAGUAGUUCCUCCAUCAAGAAGUGAGAUGAAGACUUCCAUGGAAUCACUUAUUCACCACUUCAAGAUAUUUACUCAAGGUUAUCCUGUACCACCUGGAGCAACAUAUACAGCUGUUGAAGCACCAAAAGGAGAAUUUGGUGUCUACUUGGUUUCUGAUGGCUCCAGUAGACCAUACCGUUGUAAAAUUAAAGCACCAGGAUUUGCUCACUUGGCUGCUCUCGAUCAUAUAGGAGAAAGACAUAUGUUAGCCGAUAUUGUUGCUAUUAUUGGUACUUUGGAUGUAGUUUUUGGGGAAAUAGAUCGUUAAUUACUUAGUUAAUAAAAUUAUACAACAAUGUAAAUAUGUUUAAAAAAAUUGAACUAUGGACUUUGAGAUUGUUGCAAACUGCACAUGAAAUGUAAAGCUGUGAAUAAAUAAAAAGAGCUGAAGUUUCUUAUUCA